UCCUAAUUUUACAGUUUCGUUUCCUGGCGGUCUAGUCUGUCGUGUUGUUGACACACACACAACAACAAAAAACUAACAUAUACGUUAUUUUAUUGGGCAAAAUGGGUCAGUCGAUGCCGACCCCGGACUGCGAGCCCUCGGUGUGUCCUUUGUGCCACCGUAAAUGUCGGAGUCCGACCGCGCUGAGAUGCCAACAUGUUUUCUGCUAUUGCUGUAUACAGGAGUUAUGGAGCAGUUCGCCCACGGGUCCGUACUUCUGCCCCGAGUGCAGGGAGGAGUACAGCACGUUACCGUUUGGGUUUAAGAGAGACACUACCGCAAGUCCUUGGCGAGAUGAAGCGCUUGCAUGUACACGCACAGAAAGCAGAGCCAAUGAAGAGGAUGUCAUUGAGAUCAAUCCAGUGGGCUGGACCCUUGGGAAGAGAACCUCCAUCUCUCUGUCCAAACAUCUGUUGGCGAAGAGACCAGCCAGUUCUCCUGUCCCAGGAGGCCGUCGUCACGACAACAAGAGACAAGCCACUGGCAGCUCCUCUUCCUCCCACUCCAGGGGACAUUCUGGUGACCGUAAGAGACCCACCACUUCCUCUUCCUCCUCUUCAGCCAAUCGGAACACGUCGUCUGACGUCGAGCUGUCCAGUGAGGAGGAGGUGCCAGCAGCACCAUUCUCCGUAGCAACCAAACCGUCCAGUACUGCGUCCGUCGCCGCCAGAGGUCCGGACCUGACACGUGAUAGGUCUAGGUCGCCUAGGAGAGACCCACCCAUUGAGCUGGGCGAACCCCCUGCUGCAACAGAACCCCUGAAUGACCCUAGAAAAUCACCUGACGCAGCAGCAAGUAACAUGAACAACACAUCGCCAAGAAGAAUCGCCACCGUUGAACUGGACCCACCGCCUGCAAGACAACCCCACACACCCGCCAAGAAUCCUGCUGAAACGACCCUUACAACCCAUUUCCGUUUAGUCACCCCUACGAAGGAGAAUCCUGUUGAAGCUGAGAGGGAGCCACUUCCAGAGAUCUCCAACAGAUCCCCUGGUCGAAUCGGCACCCUUACCUCUCCUACGCGUGCUGCCAACAACCUGCCUACCAGCCUGGCUCGCCAAACGUCUAGGGAGACCUUCCUACCCUGCCACUACUGCCCCAGCCAGGGCUCUCUCCCUGCGGUGAAGACCUGCCUGGUGUGUGGAGCCUCCAUGUGCUCCGAUCACCUCCGGCCCCACCUGGAGUCCCCUGUCUUCCAGAGCCACACCCUGGUACCCCCUGUGGAGGACACCUCACCCUGGAGGUGCCCAGAACACCAGGAGAUGAACCGAAUCUACUGCCGUCAGUGUGGUGUGUGUGUCUGUACCGUCUGUACCGUGAUCGGGUCGCACCGGGACCACGCUUGUGUUAGCAUCAGAGAGGCCGAGAGGGAGCUGAGGGGGAACCUGAAACAGGAAAUGAAGAAGAUGCAGGAAACAGAACAGUCUUUAAUGAGCAGAGUGGCUGAGAUGACAGAGAAGAAGCAGAGAUUCCAGGUGGUGCUAGGUGGCGCGCGUGCGGGGGUGCAGCAGCAGUACGAGACCAUGCGCCAGGCCCUGCAGGAGGAGGAGGCCACGGCCCUGCUGUGUGUGACUCGGGAGGAGAGCAGGGCGGUGGGGGGACUGGAGGAACAGCUGACCCAGCUCCAGGAAACCCUCUCCUCCCUCCAACGGGGUCUUCAUACUCUGGAGGCUCUGGCUGACACCCGGGGCGUCGCACGAGUACAGGAACAGUCCUUCAUCAUGGAGUACAGUAAGAUAACCAAAAGCGUGUCAGAGAGCUGUUCUGUGGAGGAGCUGGAGGUUCCAGAGGAGGUGGACAGGGCCAGGCUGGGAUGCCUACAGCAGUGGACUGAGAGGCGGCUGGUCUCAGUGGUCAUCUCCCUGCCUGACCGGGACCCCUUCAGGCUGCUCUAUGGCACCAGCCCCCGUCUGGACCCGGACACAGCCCACCCCAAGCUGCUCAUCUCUGAGGAGAACAGGAAGGUGUCUUACAGCGAAGUCCAGCAGGCCUACCCGGAGCAGGGGGCUCGCUUUAGCUCCUUCCCCCAGGUCCUGGCCUCUAAACCCCUGGAGGGAGGCCGUGCUUACUGGGAGGUGGAGGUGGAGGAAGACGAGGGCAAAUGGAAGGUGGGAGUCUGCGAGGGUCAGAUCGGCCGUAAGGGCCAGAAAGACACCUGCCGCAUCGGCUUCAACCCCUAUUCUUGGUGCCUGCUGAGUGAAAAGGGGAAGAUAGAAGCCCUGCACGACAAGGUGUCUGUCCCUGUGGAGGUCGACGGGCUGGAGCGGGUAGGGGUGUUGCUGGAUUUCGAGGAGGGUAGCCUGACGUUCUAUAAAGUGGCACAAGGGGGCGCUCUGAGCUCGCUCCAUUGUUUUAAACAGAGGUUCAGUGAACCACUGUAUCCUGCGCUAGCCGUGUCUAAAACACAGCUCAACAUCCCUGAUCUAUUCCAGGAAACCACUGCUAAGUCAGAAUAGUGACAAGGACACUUCAGUUCUCUAUAAAUCUUAAAGGGGCAAUCUGGAAUUCAAAACAACAACAGGCGGUAAAACAUGCCACUUUUUAAAAAUAUUUUUGUAAACCGCCGAGGAGUGGAGCUAGAGAGUCGAAUCGAUACAGAUAGGCUCAGUAGAAUGGUGCACUGUGGGGGAAGUACAUUUUUUUUUAAACAUUUUUACAUUUUAGUCAUUUAGCAGACGCUCUUAUCCAGAGCGACUUACAGUAGAGUGCAUACAUUUUAUUACAUUUUUAAAUACUGGCCCCCCGUGGGAAUCGAACCCACAACCCUGGUGUUGCAAGCACCAUGCUCUACCAACUGAGCUACAGUGGGAACAUUAAGUUUUCUAUAGAUCAUAAAUACCUUUUUGUGUAAGCAAUAAAAAAUAAAAAAAUAUGUUUUUAUAAAUGUUAAUCAAAUAGAGGAUUGGAAAGAGAAAUCUCAAUGCAGAGAUAAUCUUAAAAGAUGAUUAUGUAUCAUUGUUUUAAAAUGUGAUGUAAUGAAAAGCGUCAAUACACUGAGUGUGCAAAACAUUAGGAACACCUUCCCUUUCCAUGACAUAGACUGACCAGGUGAAUGAUAUGAUCCCUUAUUGGUGUCACUUGUUAAAUCCACUUCAAUCAGUGUAGAUGAACGGGAGGAGACGGGUUAAAGAAGGAUUUUUAAGUCUUGAGACAUGGAUUGUGUAUGUUUGUCAUUCAGAAGGUGAAUGGGCAAGACAAAAUAAUUAAGUGCCUUUGAACGGGGUAUGGUAAUAGGUGCCAGGCGCACCGGUUUGGGUCAAGAACUGCAACGCUGCUGGGUUUUUCAUGCUCAACAGUUUCCCGUGUUUAUUAAGAAUGGUCCACCACCCAAAGGACAUCCAGCCAACUUAACACAACUGUGGGAAGCAUUGGCAUCAACAUGGGCCAACAUCCCUGUGGAACGCUGUCGACACCUUGUAGAGUCCCAUGUCCUGAUGAAUUGAGGGCAAAAGGGGGGGUAGCAACUCAAUAUUAGGAAGGUGUUCUUAAUGUUUUGUACACUCAGUAUAGAGGUCUCUGUUCGGUAUAAUCUGUAUUGCUUGCGGUUUGGGGUUUUAGGUUGGGUUUCUGUAUAGCACUUUGUCACAUCUGCUGAUGUAAAAAUGGCUUUAUAAAUAAAUUUGAUAAAUUGA